AUCGUGUUCCUCGUACUCUUCAGAAGAUAUUUAUUUUUAGUAACAUUCAUUCAAUUCAACUUUUUCCAAUAAUAUCUAAAUAUCAUAAUGAAGAUGAUAUUUUAUAUCUUAUCCUUAAUUAGCUUCAUCAUCCUCACCACAACAUUCCCACCCCUAGCCACAGCUUCCGAUGUAAUAUACGAUUCAGCCGGUAACAAGCUUUUAAGGGGCAUUCCUUACUUCAUUCUCCCCCUCCUACGUGGCACGAGUGGUGGUCUCACUCUUUCUCGGAGCAGGAAAGAUGCAUGCCCACUUGACGUCACUCAAGAACCAUUUGAGCUCAAUUUUGGCGUCCCCUUCACGUUUACCCCCAUUGUGUUAGAUGAAGAUUAUGUUCAUGCAUCGUAUCCGGUUUCCAUUGAAGCAGAUGUUGCAGACCCUUGUAAGGGUUCAAAUAUCUUGAAGGUCUCGACAACAGCAGAACUGUCUGCUGUUGUGAAGAAGCUAGUUGGUUCCCCUCCUGGUACUAAAACAAUUACAACCGGCGGAGAAUUUAAUACGCCAGAGAGUUGCUUCCAGUUUGUAGAAGAUGAUGUGAUGCCGGGAUUGAGAAGCUACCAAAUUCAGUUAUGUCCGUUUAAAUGUGGUUCGAAUAGUACUACUAGUAGUCUUACUUGCUACAACAUUGGAAUUACACCAGACGAAUCCGGCAAGGGAUUUCUUUCUCUAACUGAUGCCAUGUUUCCGGUUGUUUUCUCUAAUACGUUUAGCAAGCCCGUUCAAUCACAGUAGUUCUCAAGUGGCCACGGAUUCGUAAAUUCUUUUACACAUUUUGUAACGUCAUGCAAAAUGAUGCUAAAUAAUCACUCGUAGUUAAUUAUAUAUGUAAUGUAUCUUAACAACAAACCAUGAAUCAUAAUAAAAUAAAUUGAGGAUGCUA